AUGGAAUUAAAAAAUAAUGUUGAUGACGAAUACUUUGAAAGUUAUUUUGACCUAAGUGUUCAUGAAUUAAUGUUAAAAGAUAAACCAAGAACAUUAUCAUAUAAAUUCGCAAUUGAAUUAAAUUCAAUCGAUUUUAAAGAUAAAGUUGUUAUAGAUGUUGGUGCAGGUACAGGCAUUUUAUCAAUGUUUGCAGCAAAAGCAGGUGCUAAAAAGGUAUAUGCUGUUGAAGGAUCAUUAAUGGCCACCUAUUGUCAAAUGUUAGUAGAUUCAAACGGAUUUAGCGAAACAAUUAAAGUUAUUCACAAGAGAAUGGAGGAUAUAACCAAUGAAAUCGAGGAUGAAAAAGUUGAUAUUAUUAUUUCAGAAUGGAUGGGAUUUUAUCUUUUCCACGAAUCAAUGUUAGAAAGUGUUUUAUAUGCUCGUGAUCGUUAUUUAAAACCAAAAAGUGGCAUUAUGUUCCCAUCAAGAGCUGAUUUAUUUUUAGCACCAGUAAAUUUAGAUAGUUAUAUGAAUAAAAAAGUAAACUUUUGGAACGAUGUUUAUGGUUUUGAUUUUUCAGUAUUAGCAAAUCCAGCUUUCGAAUCUUUACCAGCCCCAUUAGUUGAGCACUUAGAAAAAGAUCAAUUAGUAUUAAAAGAAAAAACAAUUUUACAAGUUGAUUUUAAUACUGUUAAAAUUAAAGAAUUAGAGGACAUUAUAAUUGAUAAAAUCGAUUUUGUAUUUCCAUCAGAUAAAAAACCAAAGGAAAUUCAUGGUUUUUGUAUUUGGUUCAGUUGCUAUUUUGAUGGUUCAAAAAAAACUAUAGAGUUGUCAACAGCACCUGGUGCACCAGAAACUCAUUGGAAGCAAACUACUAUUUUAAUGCCACAAGGUAUUCAAUUAGAAGGUGGUGAAACCAUGACCUGUAGAUUACAAAUGAAACAAGAUGAGGAAAAUAGAAGAAGAUAUGAAUUAAACUUUGAAUUUCCUGAUGAUGAAUAA